UAGUUCUCCUCAGUCGCGCAGGUGGCGCUGAACGGCGCGCUAAAUAUGCGGGCGCUUGCGUACCCCGGCGGUCAGUCGCGGAUCGGCUUUCGCGUCAGUGGUAUCGUUCGUUCGUUCGUAUUCCCCGCCGUCGGCGGAACGUCACGUCUCUCUGUUUUCGUUCGCGAGAGCGACCGGCAAUUGGUCCGGCGGGUGGCCGAGGGAACAACGUCAGUGGACGCGGUACACCGCUAUCUAAAAAACGGAGUGACACUCUUGACGAGCAAUGAGCAUCCGCGGCCGUCCGGAUUGAUGUCCCGCGGGAUUCAACGCGCGUUCGCGAGAGAGGAGAGUAAACCAGAGAGUAACGGUCGUUCCCCCGGCUCGUUUCGAGUGACAUUCGCAACGAUAAACAUCGAUCGCUCGCCCUCCCUCGUCGUUCUGCUCCCCACCAUCAUCACUACCACACUUCGAUCGUAGAUCGCGCGCUCUCGGCUCUCCCUCGCACGAGAUGGAUCAUCAAGCGGAGCAGCGGCGCGCGCGCGACUGUUGAGUCUGUGACGCCGCCGGCCGCGCCGGUCGACCGCGCGACGCGACGCGACGCGACGCGACUCGGAGUCGGAAUAGUCGGAUUAUAUUCUCCCCCUUCGGCGUGCGUUCGGCGUUCGUCGCUCCCGUAGAAUGGACGGACACUCGCCGUCGUAACGACGGCGUUGUCAGCGGCGCGGUGGGCGCAUCGAUCAACCUGUGAGGGAGCGAGUACGACCCUCGCUGUAACCGAAGCGCGGACGCGCCGGAGACGAGACUCACGAGACACGAGUUCAGCGAGCUCGCGGCCGAAAGAAUUGUCGCUUUCACUCCCACCGGUUAUCGUCGAGUACUCGAGUCUCCGUUUCCGCGUUAUCGAUAACGGAUAUACGACAUAACUAUCGAGGAAAAAAGAGGAGGUAUGGAUAUUCGCCGCCGCUCUCGUCCCCGUGAAAUGGCAGACGCGGCCGCGGACCGGCCGCGACGGGCGAGCCGGUUGAAGUAAGCUGUAAGCGACGACGGAAUCUCUCUCUCUCUCUCUCUCGGAAGCAACGGGCACGUAUAUCGUCAGCCGUCAGCCGUCAGUCGUGUGUGCGUGUGCGCGCGCGGCCGCGCGUGAACGCGGCGCCAAAGUAUAUUCGCGGAGUGUGUGGUGCGACGAGAUAAAAGAAAAGGAAAAGAAACGUACGUCUGUCUGCCCGUCCGUCCGUCAGCGUGGCCUGCGUGGCGUCGAAGAAAAAAAAGAGAUGAACCGUCGUUAACGAGAUCGUCGUCGGUUACGGCGUCGUGACGGGCCCGAUGACGCGCGAGUGUUGAUCGGCGUCCUGAGAGUGUUGAUCUGGGUGCCUUGAUCCUUCAACCUUCCCAGUUCCCUCCCCAUCUUCAGUUCGGUUGUGUGUGCGUUUCAACGUGCGAUUGCGUGCAAUCUCUCGGACAGCACGACGGAGAAGAAAAAGGGUACGACGCACGACGGGGGCAGCCCUCGGAUAUAUUAAUGAAGAUGUGCCGCGGAUUGAUCGAUCGGUUGCUCUUGCUAGCGGCGUUCGGCAUCACAGUCCAAGGACAGCUGAAAUGUCCACGGAUAACCGAGCACCCGUCCGACAUAAUAGUCGCGAAAAAUGAGCCGGUGACGUUGAACUGCAAGGCGGAGGGUAAGCCCGAACCGGUGAUAGAGUGGUACAAGGACGGUGAGCUCGUGCAGACGUCGCCGGGGGACGCCAAGUCACAUCGGGUCCUACUGCCUACGGGAUCCUUGUUCUUUCUGCGGGUGAUGCACGGCAAGAAGGAGCAGGAUGGUGGUGUAUAUUGGUGCGUCGCGCGGAAUAAGGCUGGAUCCGUCCCGAGUAGGAACGCCACUCUCACAGUCGCAGUGCUGCGGGAUGAGUUUCGCGCGGAGCCACAGAACACGAGGGUCGCCGCCGGGGAGACGGCUUUGCUGGAGUGCGGACCGCCUCGCGGCCAUCCGGAGCCAACCCUCCAUUGGAAGAGGAACGGUCACAUAAUAGACCUGGAAGCGACAAAACGGAUAACCCUCGUGGACGGGGGUAACCUAAUGAUAUCUGACGUGAGGCCAGCCGAUCAGGGCAAAUACCAAUGCAUCGCUGAAAACAUGGUUGGCACUAAGGAGUCUGCGGUAGCGGUCCUCACGGUUCAUGUGAAGCCGUACUUCCUGGCCAUGCCGUCAAACCAGACGAUCCUCGCGGAACAGACGGCGGAGUUCGCCUGCAGGGUGGGCGGCGACCCGGAGCCGGAGAUCUUGUGGCGUCGAAACGACGGCAAGAUGCCGAUAGGCCGGGCGCACAUUCUCAAUGACAAAAGUUUACACAUCGAGCGGGUGAACCCCCAAGACCAGGGGACGUACAUCUGCGACGCGGAGAACGGCGUCGGUGCGAUAUCAGCGAGCGCCACUCUUACCGUGCACUCGAGGCCGGUAUUCACAAACUUCCCCAAGGACGAGACGGUAAACGCCGGCACCGACGUCACUUUCUCAUGCGCCGCGCGGGGUGCUCCGAAGCCGUCGAUAUUUUGGACCCGGGAAGGUUCUCAGGAACUAAUGUUCCCCGACCACACGUAUCAAAGCCACUACACCGUCACGGAAGACGGAAGUCUGAGUAUCAAGGGCGCCGUCAGGAAGGACGAGGGCCACUACGUGUGCAGCGCCAUUAGUCAGGCUGGCGCCAGCACCGCCACCGUAUUUCUUCAGGUGACGUCCGUCGAGGAGACUCCACCACCCAUAAUCGAGCUGGGCCCGGCGAAUCAGACCCUGCCGCUGAAGAGUGUCGCCUCGUUGCCGUGUCGUGCGGUCGGUACACCCACGCCGCGGGUUCACUGGCACAAGGAAGGUGUACUCGUGCGACCGGGCGGCCGCAUCACGAUGGCCAUCAACGGCACGCUGUUCAUCGACGACCUGCAUGCCAAUGAUUCCGGCCUAUACACCUGUAUCGCCUCGUCGGAGUCCGGCAACACCUCCUGGUCGGCGUACCUGACCAUCAGCACCGGUGCCAGCUUCCAUCGGACGCCUGACGUGUCGGCGUUGCCGCAGAAUCCGAGUAAGCCGCGGAUAGUAAACGCUACUAGCAACUCCGUCACCCUGACGUGGAGCCCGGGUCAUGAGGGUCAAAGCAAGAUCAUUGGCUACAACAUUGAGUACUACAGCAGUAACCUGAACACCGGCUGGGUGGUGGCGGCCACGGGUGUUCUCGACGACAUCUACACGGUGACAGAUUUAAGGCCGGAGACCAAUUACGUUUUCCUAGUACGAGCGGAAAAUAGCCAGGGGCUCUCCUUGCCUGGACCACUGUCGGACGUCGUACAAACUACUAACGUAAAUCAGCAUACGGUACCGCAAGUGGAACUGACUCGCGCCAGGGAUCGGCUGAACAGCGAGAUUUUACAUCUCAAAGAGGUACAACCGUUGACCAGUACCAGCGUGAAGAUCAUGUGGGACAUUCUUGGCGCAGCAGAUUUAGUGGAAGGUCUUUAUAUACGAUAUCGCGAGGUUUCCGAGAAACCAGAAUAUCAGAUGGUUACGGUGCUCAACGCUGGCGCUACCAGUUACGUGCUGACUAAUCUAAAAAAGUAUACGCGUUACGAAUUCUUCCUGGUCCCCUUCUACAAGAUAAUCGAAGGUCGACCGAGCAACGUGAAGCUGGUCACCACAUUGGAGGACAUGCCCUCGGGCGCUCCCGAGAAUGUCCAUGUGGGGAUGAUAAAUAUGACCUCGGCUUUCGUUCGAUGGUCACCACCACCAAAGAACACUCAGAAUGGCCAAUUGAUUGGUUACAAGAUUCAGAUCAAGAGCAACAGCAGCAAUAAGAUUCUGGGGCAAAUGUCCCUGAACGCGUCUACCACGUCGGUGAUCAUCAACAGCCUGACCACUGGCGGUUUAUACACGGCUCGCGUCGCUGGACAAACUCGGGUUGGACUGGGUCCUUUUUCUAGUCCGACUCUGUUAAACAUGGAUCCAGGACAGCUGACGCAAUUACCGCCGCGUACCGAUCCCAGCCAUGGAGGUGCGUCCGUUGUCAGAGAAACGUGGUUCCUUGUGCUGAUAAUAACGAUGAUAUUCACCAUUAUCGCCGUGCUGUUGGCCGCCCUGUACGUGAGACGUAGGCAAGCGAUGAGCAAGCAACUGGGUCACUUAAAUGUACCUGUGGGUACCGCAAACGAUAUCUGUCAAUUGAAUAAAGACACGCUCUGGCUGGAACGAGGUUGGCGGCCAACUAAUACUCUCCAGGCCGCCAACGAUAAGGAUUGUGAGACCAAGUUACUUAAUAAUCAGCACAUGCUGGCGGCCGGUAUAAUGGGCAUGGCCGGCUCGGAAUACGCUGAAGUAAAUCUGACGACGUUCUACAACACACGCAAGCAAAUGCAAGCGCCGCCGCCGGAGCCAUACGCGACCACGACCCUGUGUGUGGGCAGCCGUAACUCAGACUCGAUCGAAACCAGCUGCCAGAAGUCAAACUCCAGCGAUUCGUGUCUGAAACCGGAUUAUUCAAGCCUGGACUCGAAUCAGGAACCCAACAAGUCUACGGUGUCGCCAAGCAGUGACAACAUGAGCGGCGGGGACGCCGCCUACGCAGACGAGAAUCUGGACAUGCAAAGGAGACAGUACAGAAUAACAGGCUCUGCAGGCGACGCGCCACAAACCGGUAUGCCGAUGCCUAACUGGUGCGACAUGUUGCCGCCGCCGCCUGAACACCCACCCCCUCUUGGCACAUCCGUAGCCACUGGUCGGAUACAGCAGCAGCAGCAGCAUCAGUUGCAACAUUCGCACCAACAGCAACAGCAACAAGUGCCGUUCAGUCCGCAUCUCGGCAAGAGAAGCAUCCAGAACGAUCUAGAUCACUGCGGUAACUCAGGUGCCGGUUCGUGCAAUCCACAGAGUCCACCUACUCCGCCUAUCAGAGUGACCAAUAGCUUCAGCCCGUCGCCAACACCCUGGAGUAGUAGCGGACAGAGUCAGCACUCGGAGACCGGCGCUCUCCAGAUGCCUGGCAACCUUCAAGUUCCGCAGGGCAGAUACACGACACUGCCACCGCAAACUAAUCCGCCACCAUUACCCUCGUUCCCGCAGGGUUUCAAUCACUACGAUUACAAGAACCAGGAGAAUGAAUAUGAAAGUGGCUCCGUGAUUUAUGGCCAUCACCAGAACGGUCUGCCAGACGAUUACGGCGCGCGCGGCGAUCCCGCGUUUACUCGUUCCAACAAUCAACAGUCCCAUCUGACGCCGUCCGCCAUGAGCGAAGAGCUGUAUCGGCACAGAGACGAAAUGUUCCACAAUGACAAUCUCUAUCAGCCCGAGAAUGACGAGUGGGACAGGAAGUCAUGCGACUCCAACACGCACUCGGACGCAUGUUGCUCGUGCUCGGAAUCGAGCUGCCUCUACGCCGACACCGUGCAAUACAACGCGCAGCAGUAUAGUACGGCAUGCGGUCACAGUAGUAGCAGAACGGGUUCCCGAAGCAGGAAUAAUAGGAGUCCGCGAAGAAGAAACAGGACGUCCUCACCUACGUACAGUAGCGACAGCAAUUACUCCUGCAUCCCCCAAAGGCAAUGCGGAAGUACGAAUUCACAGGAGAGACUGAGGCAUCGUAGUAAAGACAAGCUGCCUAGUUUUUCAAGGACGGGCAAUUACAGUCAACACAAUUCUUCGGCCUCUAAUACGAUGAGUAGUACGGGCAGUCAACGAUACAAUAAGCUAAAUAGUAUCUUUGCAAGCGGCAAUAACCCGAACGCUCCGACGGAGUCUAGUCGACUGGGUGAUCACCGUGAAAGCUAAAUACUACUUGGACAUAGUAAAUACAGGACGUGCCUGAACAAACGGCCUUCGAUCACAACGAACGAUCGUACUCUAGCGACUACGGGAGGCCGUUUCGCAAUCAGCAAUGUCGUGGUAGCUCGUCGAGUACGGUUCGAUUGAGCGCAUCGUAUAUAUAAUGAAAGAUACAUCGUAGUGUCUCGCAGGGUUACUAUAUUUCUAUAUAUACUUGGCGCGAAACGCUACCGCGUUUCUUUCAACGGUCCACACGCUGGAAAGCUACAUCGAUUUGAUUUGUUGAUUAUACACAAGUUUGGUGACAAUGAGUGAAUCUCGUACUUUCUCUGUGUUAUAUAAUAUCGAAAAAAUUUAACAGCGAAAUAUUAUUAUAAUUAUUCCAUGACUGACAAUGUUUUACGUUUAACUGAUUACGUGGCAGUAGUUUAAGCUUGUAGAAUAUUCUUGUGUUUGUACGAAGCGCAAUAACGGUCUAUCGUGGUAGGAACAUUAUUUCAACUUUCAAGACUCGAAAGAUUGAAUCGCUCCGUGACUGAUGCUUGCAACAUUUGAAUGCUAUGCCGCCUAGACCCCGUUACGUACACGCGAUAUAGUCGAUUGUUUUGUACUCUGUACUUGGAUAAGGGCUUUCAAAACAGAUAACAUCGCAAGAGGAAUGGAAGCAACGCGUAGUAUUAUCUUUCUUUGAACGCUCUACCAAAUAGACUGAUUAACGUAUCAUCGGACCUUGCUUAUAUUUUCUUUAUUCUUCACUUUGUAUCACGCUGAGAGAUAGAAGUGAUCCCAAUAUUCGUGAAAUAUAUUAAGAAAAAGAAAAAAGAGGAAAGAAAAUGUUCUUCUCUCUCAUAUAUUGCGAUUUGCUGUUGCGCGACAUGUUCCUCGAGUAAACAUUUAACGCCUGAGCGGUCACGGGCUAAUAUUUCAAUCUUGAACUUCGCUGUAUUUUCGAUUGUCAUGUAAACUGCCAUUCCCGCUGACGUACUGUUAGUUUGAUUAAGUUUUUAUCUUAAAUAGUGGCUUUAAAAGUCACAUUUUAGCUUGCGAAUGUCAGCGAGCUACAAAAGUUUCCGCGCGACCGCUCCGGAAUGAAUGUCGUGUAUAAAUUUUCCGUGUGUGACGUGUUUUUUUUUAACGUGGCGAUAACAUAAACGGAGAGAAGAAUAUACGAUACAACGGGUUGAUCCGUUUGAGCGCGAACUAAGAUUUGGGUCACGUAAAGCGCGUACGAAUCAAGCAAGCGCGGUCAACUAUUUAUUGAUUGACAAAUUUUGUCGAUAAAAAAAUUUGAUAACUCGGAGGUAAAUUAUUUUAGUUUAUCUCCAUUUAUAAGCAAUAGAAGACAUAAAUAACUGAACUCUAAUUUUACAAAGUAAGUUCUUGUUUUAAAAAAUAACAUAUUUCUUAUGACGAGCAGCUAAAUAUUUGAUUAAAAUUAUUGAAACGAUUGCACUUAUUACGCUCUAAGAGAGAUAAAGACUCCAAUAUUAUAGCAAUAAUAAGAGUAUACGCGUACGUUAUCGUACCGAGACGAGCUUGUUUGUUGAAAAUGAGACUUCAAGAUUUUUAAAAUAAUUCGGUAUAGGGUAGUUCCGCGAUCUCUUCGAGCGUCAAAGUGAUUUCAUUCCGAAGUCAUUGUCUCGGAAACAAUCGAACAGGCAAUCGUUCGCAAUUGUUCUACUGUGCUGUACACGAAAUUAACUUAUCGAUCGACCGUGUCUGCUUGUUCUGUACGCAGAAUGAUCCUUUCACUACGGUGGUUUUUGUCGAAAGGCUUCACUUCCUGCGGACGAAGUGAUUGUUUUCAAUCGUGAAGCCCAAAUGCAAUAUAUUACGGAUUGCAAUACGCAGCAAUUGCUCAUAUUCAUGUUCCAUGUUCGACACUAAAUGAGCUCGUUCGAUUCUGAGUCCAUAAUAGCAUCUCUCAUCUCUAUGUUAAAUAGCUAAACAUUCGGGAAUCAGAAUCAAACGCAAAAUGUGAAUGGGCGUUUUGGUGGAUGCAGUCAUCCUUGGUGCGAGUAAUUAGAGGUGGGCGAUUACAGUAUCUCUCAGCACACGACGGAAGCUGAAUGGAUAGGCAGGUAUAAUCGUAGCGAAAGGAUUAACAUGUCACGCCCGACAAGAUGAUUCGCGCUCGGCAUCGCGACCGGCCUCAUAAAGCGUGGCAUUUAUUUUCGACAGCCUGUAAGGUGCUCAGGCCACGACAAAUGGAGUAUAUUAUUUUGGAUAUAACGUUCCUAAAUCCUAAGGCAACCGAGGGCUAAUCUCCACGAAGAAGGGCCACGUAUAAUUCUUCCAAAACGGGCGCACGUAGUAAAUACGUUUUUAAAACGAAACGAAGUAACAAUAAAAACGCGUAAUAUA